AUGGCGGCAGGAGCCACCUUAAACUGGGUUAAAACCCCAUUCGACACCCGGAGAUUUCAUGACCAAUCUAGUUUAAGGUCCUUCCAAUUCUCAUUUUUCCGAUGCCGAAACCCUUUUGGAUCAAUUCAGCCCUGGUGGCUGCCAACUGAUCAAGACUCGUCCCUAAUCAAAGUUCGUGUGGCUGCUGAUUAUUCAGACUCAAUGCCAGAUUCAAAGUACACGAGAGAUCGGGGUUAUCACCCUCUUGAAGAAGUUAAAGAACGUCCAAAGAAGAAGGACCUGUUGCUGACAGAUGUCGAAACAGCUAGAACAGCAGUAGAGGCCAAUAGCAAGGGGUUGCUUGUAUUUCCUGCUAGGGUACACAAUGAACCUCAUGGACAUGUUGCUUGGUCAGAGUUUCAAUAUGUUGUUGAUGACUAUGGAGACAUUUUCUUUGAAGUACCUGACAGCGAGAACAUCUUGGAAGAUGAUACUGCAAACAAUCCUGUGACAGUUUUGAUUGGAAUGGACGGACCCAUUAUUGGAGAAAGUAGUGUGGCGAUUACUGAUUUUAGUGAUUACAUGGAUGGUGAAAAUUUAAUGGACGUUCCUGAUGAGCACCACACCAAGAUUGAUACAGAAAUAACUGAUAUUCUCAUAGAGUGGGGGAUGCCUGCAACAAUGCGUGCAAUACAUCCAAUUUACUUUGCCAAAUGUUUGACAAAGGCCAUUCAUAAUAAUAAUGGGGAGAAGAUGGAUAGUCCAUCAAAUGGUCUCUCUAUUGUAGGAUAUCUGAGACCUGCUUUCAUAGAGGAAGAAUCUUACUUGAGGAGCUUGUUUCAUGGUGAAUGCAACAGUGAUGGUUAUUCAUCUGACCGGAAAGUAAAUGAAACAGAUGAAUACAAAAGAGAAACUCGGCCAGUUUCUGGAACCAAUCGCCUCAUUGAUGGUGAUAAAUCAAGAUUUGACUUCAAUGAUGCUGAAACUAGUACUGAUUCAAUGAUCUACAAGCUGGAGAUAAUGACAAUUGAACUGUUUUCCAUGUAUGGCAAGCAGUUUAUGAUUGAUCCACAAGAUUUUCAAGAUUCAGAACCAGAUAUUCUUGCAAAUUCUGCUUCAGCGAUUAUAGAACGGAUCAAAGAAAACAGUGACCAAUGUGCAAUGGCUCUCAGGUCGCUCUGUCGCAGGAAAAAGGGCCUUACUGUCGAGGAGGCAAGCUUGAUUGGUGUUGACAGCCUUGGUAUUGAUGUAAGAGCCUUUUGUGGCUUGGAAGCUAGGACCGUUCGAUUUUCAUUCAAUGCACAGGCGCUCUCUGAACGUUCAGCUGAAAAGAAGAUCAGGCGAAUGCUUUUCCCCCGUUACCAGCGUAAAAACGUGAAAACCUCUACUGAAGAUGUGUCUUAA